AUGCGAUAUCUAGUGGAUAUUGGCGCUGAUCUCUGCAUAUUCCCGAAGUCUCUCGCUCCUGGGGCAAAGAAACGAGUCUACUAUACGCUUAUUGCAGCAAACGUAUCGAUGAUCAACAUAUACAGCUGCAUAACGCUAUCGCUCAAUCUCAGCCUCAGAAGGGACUUCACAUGGCGUUUCGUAGUGGCGAACACGACUAAACAAACUAUCGGUGCUGAGUUUUGGGCGCAUUUCGGCAUUUUACCUGAUCUGAAGAACGGCUGCCUUAUCAACUCAACAACUGGAUUAACGACCCCAUGUAAAGUGUCACUAUCGAGUAUUGUUUUAGGAAUCAGGGUUACGCCUGUUGACUCCUCAUGGUCGAACCUCCUCGCAGCGUUUCCCAACCUGACGAAAUCCGAAGGAAUCUGCCUGCCAGCCGAACACACGACGCUGCACCAUAUUGCCACCACACCUGGAUCUUCCCUAUGCAGCAAGGCGCGAUGGCUCGCCUCCAACAAACUCAAAAUCGCCAAGGCGGAGUUCGACAAAAUGAUGCAACUGGGAAUCACUCAACGUUCGAAGAGCCCCUGGUCACCUCCGCUCCACCUGGUACCGAAAAAGUCGGGCGAAUGGUGA